AUGUCCCAAGGCCAGAAGUCACUCAUCAACUCAAAUUCUCAAGGAGCUAGCGUACGCUUGGAUCGGCUCGAGGAGGUAUUAAUGCGCCUGAAAGCCCAGCUCACUGCAGUUACCACUAACGGCCCGCGGCGAACAUCAAACCGUCGCCGUACUUCCUCCGUGUCCCACACCCGCCGUUCACAAUCUCCAAGUAGCGUCUGCUGGUAUCACCAACAAUUUGGAGGAGCAGCUCGACGAUGUCUUCAGCCAUGCUCUUUCAAGGCAUCUGUAACGGCCUCAGGGAGACGAUCCCACCCGACAGUAGAGGCCACUGCUACUGAAAGCGUUGCCAAUCUUCACACUCGCCGUCUGUUUCUCUGGGACCGUAACGCUGGCGCCAAAUUCCUUGUCGACUCUGGUGCCGAGGUUAGCGUGGUUCCACCAACUCCGGCCGAACGUAAAACCCGCAGCUCUUUUUGUCUAACAGCUGGCAACAACUCCAGCAUCUCCACGGACAGAUGCUUCCAGCACUGCCGUUGGUGCGUCACUUCAGCAAACUGUUCGUGGUGUUCUACAGCCUUUGGCUUUCUUCUCGAAGAAGCUCAGCCCAGCAGAGACCCGCUACAGUGUCUUCGGCCGCGAACUCCUUGCCGUCUAUCUAUCCAUCCGGCACUUCCGCCAUUUCCUCGAGGGUCGUGAAUUUGUCGUUCUGACAGAUCACAAGCCACUUGUUUUUGCACUGAGAGCCUCUCCCGAUCGAUACUCGCCCCGUGAAAUCCGUCAUCUUGACUUCAUCUCACAGUUUUCCUGCGACAUCCAACAUGUCCACGGUAAGGAAAAUGUGGUUGCUGAUGCUCUUUCAAGACUCGAGAUGGCUUACAUCACAACAGACGCCAUAGACUUCACGCUCAUGGCUGAGGCUCAACGAUCGGAUGGCGAACUCCCCCGAUACCGCCACGAGGACUCUUCUUUACGCCUUCAAGAUGUCCCCCUUCCCACUGGCACAGGCAUCAUCACGUGUGACCUUUCUACCGGACACGAACGUCCUUUUGUUCCAGCAACUUUACGACGACGAGUGUUCAACGCUCUUCACAAUCUAUCCCACCCUGGAGUCCGGGCGACAGCGAAACUCAUCGCUGACCGAUUCGUCUGGCCCAACAUCAACCGGGAUGUACGGCGUUGGACCCGCUCCUGUCUACCAUGUCAACGAGCCAAAACGCAUCGGCAUACUAUUACUCCGCCAGGAACUUUCGCCACCCCUGAUGCACGCUUCAGUCAUGUGCAUAUUGACCUGGUAGGUCCGCUGCCACCAUCUAACGGUUCUACCUAUAUGCUGACAUGUAUUGAUCGCUUUACUCGGUGGCCGGUUGCUGCGCCUAUUCCGGACAUCAGUGCUGAAACCGUUGCGAAAGCUUUCUUGACUCAUUGGGUGUCCAAUUUUGGAGUUCCUGCGACUGUCACCACUGACGGCGGAUCCCAAUUCGAGUCCACGCUGUUUCGCGAACUCACUUCCCUUCUCGGUACCAACCGAUUCCGAACAACAGCGUACCACCCUCAAGCAAACGGUCUCGUCGAACGCUUCCAUCGACAGCAGAAGACUUCCCUUAUGGCCCAGCCCGAUCCUUCCCGAUGGUCUGAUCACCUUCCCCUGGUGCUGUUGUCCCUCCGUUCCACUCUCAAGGCCGACAUCGGUUGCACUGCAGCUGAUCUUGUCUACGGAACCUCCCUACGACUGCCCGGUGAGUUAGUUUCUCCUUCAAACACGCUAACGUUUUCGAACCUUGCAGUUAUGUGGAGCGACUACGUAGUGCCAUGCGCAAUCUCCGCGCAACGCCCCCUCGGGCGUCACCGGCCAAUUCCUUCAUCCCUCCCGACCUGGAUAAGUGCGAUUUCGUCUUGGUUCGGCAUGACGCUGUCCGACGACCACUCCAACCACCCUAUGACGGGCCGUAUAAAGUCCUUCGCCGAUCUGACAAAGAUGUUGUCAUCGAACGCAACGGCAAGACCGACACAGUCAGCAUUGAUCGCGUCAAGCCCGCCUACAUCGAAGACAGUGACCAUUCCUCACCUCAACAACGCACCCCGCCGCAGACAGUGCGGCCUCCUCCACCUACUGGCGACAGCCCGCCUCCGGUUCGCCGCACACGAUCUGGUCGCCACGUCCACUGGCCCGACAGGUUUGUGGCUGGCUAG